GAUGGACUGUUGUGUUUAGUUAUGGGACAGACACAGCAAACAGGGAGCAGUGAGGAGAUUGAUAUUAAAGCCCUUCAGGAUAUGUACAAGAAAUUUGUCACGGAGUGCCCGAGCGGAGUCCUUUUUCUUCACGAGUUCAAGCGUUUCUUUGGAGUGGAUGCAACAGGAGAAGCUUCGGAAUAUGCAGAGAACAUGUUUCGAGCCUUUGACAAAAAUGGGGACAACACAAUUGAUUUUCUUGAGUUUGUGGCAGCACUUAACCUUGUUUUCCGCGGAGACUUGGAGCACAAACUGCGCUGGUCGUUCAAGGUGUAUGACAAAGACGGCAAUGGCUUUGUGGACAGGAGUGAGCUUCGGUCAAUAAUUGAUAGCAUCUCUCGGAUAAAAAAGCGAUCAAAGACAGAAGUGAGUGAGCCACAUCUUACAGUCGAUGAGGUUGUGGAUCGAAUAUUAGAAGCGGUUGAUAUUGACCAUGAUGGUACUGUCAGCAUGGAUGAAUUUAUUAAAGGUGCACAGCAGGACCCAUGGGUGCUCAGUAUGUUGAGGUUGGACAUGAACCCUACUGGAUGGUUACUGGCACAAAGGAGAAAAAGUGCAUACUUCUGACGUCUUAAAUCAACUUGGCCUUUGCCAUGAUAACAGAAGAUAAACAAUCAUGGCUUCAUCCGGCCAGAUUAUUUUUUUUAAUAAAUGUUUAUUUUAUUGAUUUUUUAGUUUGUG